AUCCGUCGGCGGAGGUGGACAGCGCAGCCAUUUCCCUGCCCCUCGUGAAAACCGUACAGGGGGGUGGCGUUCGUCCAUCGCGCGCGUAACUUACCUGCCGCGCGGGAGCCAUGACUUUCGCGGCAAGUACCGGGGCUGAACUCUGUAUCACCGACUGAGAUCCGCGACCUCCAAACUUUUCUCCCAAUUCAACGCCUGCGCAAACACACAGCUCUCUCUCUCGCUCGAUCUCUCUCUCUGCCCAAACCCCCCCCCCCGCUCUCCUCCGUUCGGCUUAUGUUUUUGUUCCCGUUUCAGCCAUGGAGGGGAAUCUGCACGGAGGCGGCAGCGACCUCGCAGCGACGCAUGUGAAAACUGAAGCGGUGGAUGAAAACACAUCUGCGCCGGUUCUGGGCAGUCAGGAGCCGGCUGCAUGCAGGGGAGGCGGAGGGGGAGGAGGAGUGGAUCAGACUGCAGAGGAGCUGGCUGACACAGAGCUGCAAGCAGCCACGACGACUACUUCUGUACUGCUGUAUCCCGUGAGUACCGACCGUUUCUUCACCACAUCAGGGGAUGGACAAACAUACCUGAAGAUAGCUCCAGCUUCGGUGAUGCCACCUGCUCCUUCAGAGAAGAUGCUUCCCUCCGGCUCAGAUUUCUCCUCCAAAGCCGUUUUGUGUCUGAUCGAGGCUGUUGGGCGGCGCUGGGGCCUUUAUGAGACUCGGGAACGCUCACAGCUCUUCCAGAGCGUCCAAGAGGAGAUGGCUUCUAAGGGGCAUGUGCUUCCUGUUGAAAAGAUCCGCCGAAAGUGGAAUAACCUUAUUGUCACAUACAAAAGGGUAAAAGACCGCAGCCGGGAGACAGGACACGCGAAAACAUCCUGGGAGUUCUUUGAUUUGAUGGAUGCCACGCUCUGUGACACUGUUGGCAGUCAGAUCAUCAACAACAAAAGAAACAAAGGUGGCAGCACUGUUUCUACACUGCCCUGUCCUUUGGCAAAAAUCGCUGCAAAACCACAGCCCAGCACCAUUAUCCGCCCUCAUGGUGACUUUGCUACGACUGGCGGUGUGGAGUCAGGUCAGGGAGCCACCACCAGUCAAAUCAUCAGUAGCACUGCCGCCAUGACAUCAGUGACUACAGCAACCAUCAGCCAACCAAAUGCUCCAGAGGUCAAGCCCCUGAUCGUCCUCAAUGAAACAGCCUCAACUUCUCCUUCCCUUGGCUCUACCAGUAACACGGACCUCAACACAUCUCGCUACCUAAGCCGUAAAGCUCCAUCCUUCUCAUCAGGUGUCAUACCUUUUUGUCUUAGUGCGGCGCCAGUCAGCAACAAUCAGAAUCUCCAUGGCCUCUCCUCCUCAUUACCCGCUAUGUCCUCCUGUCUAACUUCUUCUGCUGCCACCAUGUCAGGAACUGAAGGACAGAACCAGAAAGGAAACGAGGAGCAAAGCAGCACCGCCUUGCGCCAGGAGAUUCUGAAGCGACAGGAGGAGCAGGCCUACCUUGAUCGAGUUGCUUGCCGGAGGGUUGAGGCCAGAGAGAAGAGGCGUGAGAGGAGGGAGGUGAGGAUGGCAGAUUCCCUGGGCAGGAUAGCCACAGCCCUGGAGCUGCUCUCCUCCAAACAGGACACAGUCAUUGCCCUACUGCAGAGACUGGCUGAUCGGAAGUGAUGUCAGAUGAAAGGCUGGAAAGGGGCUCUUGAACCUUAUUUUUCCACCCUGAGAUCAUGCUUAUGAAAACACUCAAACAUAAUGGAAACAUUUAAUAAAAUCAUAUGAAUUGCUGACUUUCCUAAAUUAAGGAUAAAUGAAAUGGUGUGUUAUUGUUACAUGCUUUACAUUUUAGUGUCAAUGAGAGUCAAUGCACCGACAUCCAAUAAAAUCAUUCUCCUCAAA